AUGGAAAAUUCAUCCACAGAGUUCAUAUUUGUACUUCAUGGAUUGAAUGACACAAUGACAAACAAACAUAUUUACUUUGCAUUGGGUGUUGUUGUCUAUAUUAUAACACUGUUUAUAAAUUUGACACUAGUUAUAACAGUUAUUCUGGAUAAGACACUUCAUGAACCUAUGUAUUUCUUCUUAUGCAAUUUGUUUGUAAAUGGAAUAUGUGGUGCUUCUGCUUUCUAUCCAAAGAUCCUUGAUGAUCUUUUAUCAGAUUCACAGAUUAUAUCAUAUAUAGCUUGCCAGACACAAAUGUAUGUAAUUUUCUGUUAUGCUUUGUGUGAACUUACAUGUCUAACAGUGAUGGCAUAUGACAGAUAUUUAGCUAUUUGUAAACCAUUGGAAUAUCUGUGUAUUAUGACACACCAGAAGGUUAUGAAACUGCUGGCUUUUAGUUGGCUCUUCUCCUUCCUACAAACUGCCAUUGCAGCUGUGCUCACAGCUAGUGUGCCUUUAUGUGGUAAUGACAUUGAAAAACUUUACUGCUCAAACUGGGAGGUUGUUAAGCUAUCUUGUACAGAUGUGAGUAUGAUGGAUAUUUAUGGGAAACUUUUAAUAAUUUGUCAUGUUUCUGAAGUUACAUUUGUGAUUGUGUCAUAUACAUACAUUAUUAGAGCUUCUUUACAGUCCAAAACAGGGAGGGUUAAAUUCAUGCAGACAUGUGUUCCCCAUUUAAUCACACUCACAAACUUUACUGUUUCUUUACUCUUUGAUAUCAUAUAUUCUCGCUAUGUUAAAACCCAAGAACGUCAAGCACUACACAAUAUUAUGUCUAUGGAGUUUCUUCUUGUACCUCCUCUUCUAAAUCCCAUAAUAUAUGGAAUGAAACUCACCCAGAUGCGGCACCAGAUUGUAAAAAUAUACAACAGGAGUCUUAAAGCAUUGAGACAGGGCUGA